AUGGCGCAAUUCGGGCGCUACCAUUUCCUCAUUGUCGCUGUGGUAUUCCACCUCGCCUACAUUUAUAGCAUCUUCUCAAUAUACUUUGUGAGUCCCAUCGUCCAUGGCAUGCGCGAGCAUCGGGUGGAAACUCAGGAAGCACCUGCGAAGCGAUUGGUUCUGUUUGUUGGCGACGGUCUCCGCGCAGACAAGGCCUUCCAAUAUUUCCCCAACCCCAACCCAGAUCCCACGGACUCAUCCUCGGUUGACCCAAGCGAGCCCCGACCUCUCGCGCCAUUUCUGCGUUCAAGAGUACUCGAAAGCGGCACCUUUGGUGUAUCGCAUACCCGCGUGCCAACAGAGUCUCGACCAGGACACGUUGCGCUCAUCGCGGGACUCUACGAAGAUGUUUCCGCAGUCAUGACGGGCUGGAAGCUGAACCCUGUGAACUUCGACAGCGUGUUCAAUCGUAGUAGGCAUACAUGGAGUUGGGGGAGUCCGGACAUCCUCCCCAUGUUUGAACAGGGCGCUGUGCCUGGACGAGUAGACGCAGAUUGCUACGGCCAUGAAUUUGAGGACUUUUCCAAAGAUGCUUGGGUACUGGACGAGUGGGUGUUUGACCGCGUGAAGAAAUUGUUUGCGGAUGCGAAAACGAAUGCGACACUGGAUGCUGAGUUGAGACAGGAGAAGAAUGUCUUCUUUCUACAUUUGCUGGGUCUGGAUACAACGGGACAUGCGCACCGGCCGUAUUCGUGGCAAUAUCUUCAUAAUAUCCAGAUUGUGGAUCGCGGGGUACAGGAGAUUACGGAAUUGAUUGAGGAAUUCUACAGCGAUGAUAAGACGGCAUUCGUGUUUACGGCGGAUCAUGGCAUGAGCGAUUGGGGUAGCCACGGCGAUGGACAUCAGGAUAACACGCGCACGCCGCUGAUUGCGUGGGGUGCAGGUGUGGCGAAGCCGGUGAAGACGAAGACUGGAUUGGCUCCUGGUCAUGAAGAUCAUUUCUCGUCUGACUGGCAUUUGGAUCACAUCCAAAGACACGACGUUGAGCAGGCAGAUGUGGCGGCGCUCAUGGCUUACCUUGUUGGUCUGGACUUCCCCACCAACUCGGUCGGAGUCCUGCCUCUAGGAUAUCUGGACACAGACGAGAAGUCAAAAGCAGAAGCCUUCCUUACUAACGCCAAGGAGAUCCUCGAAAUGUACCACGUCAAGGAGGAACAGAAGAAGGCUACCGAGAUCCGAUACAAGCCCUUUCCAGGACUAGGCGACGAGACACAUUCGGUGGAACAUCGGGUCUCGAAGAUUCAAAAAGCCAUUGACGCUGGCGUGAACAAGGCUGAUUUCAAGAAGGCCAUUGAAGAGACGUAUGAGCUGAUCGAUCUUGGUCUCGAAGGUAUCCGCUAUUUGCAGACGUAUGAUUGGCUCUUCCUGAGGACCAUCAUCACGGCUGGCUAUGUAGGCUGGAUCGUGUUUGCUCUCACUACUGUCAUCAACCUGCACGUAUUGUCUGGAGAAGUUCCGGCUCAACGGACUGCACCAAGCACAGUCUUCUUUUGCUCUGUUGCUGUUGCGCUUUAUGGGGUUUUGAUCAAGCAGCGAUCCCCGAUUAUAUACUGGGUCUAUGUCUUCUUCCCGGUUAUUUUCUGGGAAGAGAUCUUUGCGCGGAGACAGUCGCUUGUGCAAGGGGGCAGAAUUUUGUUUGGGCAUGUGCAGUCGAAAGGCGAGGUCGUGAAGUUGGUUCUUGGAGCUCUUGGCUUCUUGGGCCUACUUCAAGCCCUUGUGCAAAGCUAUUUUAUCAGGGAAAUCUACACUAUAUGCUAUCUGCUGGCGACGUUAUGGCCCGCAGUGUACGGGACAGAAUUUAUGCGCAAACACAAGGGCACAGUUGCGACUUGGGUCUCUUCAUGUAUGGCUAUGAGCGUGUUCACUAUGCUUCCCGCCAACAAGGCUGAGGAUGUCCGAUUGAUCCUACUUGGAGGGUUUCUGAUGUUCGCCGUCGGCAUGCUCUAUCUUGUCUUUGAGGAUCGCAUUCUUGAAGGCGAGCCGAUUGACCGGAAAGUCCAUGAGAUCUCUCGACUCUUGAUUGGGGUGCAACUCGGGCUCAUACUUUUGUCCAUGAUCGUGACCAAAAGCAGCAUCGGCUAUAUACGGGGGCGUCAAGGGCUCCCACUUGGGGUAUUGACUGUAGGCUGGACCACACUCAUCGCCUCGCUGUUUAUGCCGCAGCUUCACGGUCUCUUCCCCAACCAUCACUACAUCCACCGCCUCGUAGUCAUCUUCCUUCAAUUCUCACCCACUUUUGUCAUCCUCUCCAUCUCGUACGAAGGACUGUUUUACUUUGCGUUCUGCUGCUGCCUCUUUGCCUGGAUGAGACUGGAGCACCAGGUCCAGCAGCACACCAGCAGCCACCCGACACCAGCGAUGACGGCAAAACAAUCUACCAAGACGGACAUGGCCAAUGGCGGUGCGGCCAAGGAAGCAUGCCGAAAAUAUCGGCCUCUGGCCUUGGCCGACACGCGCAUCGCCCUCUUCUUCCUCUACUUUCUGCAAUCCGCCUUCUUCUCGGCCAGCAACAUUUCGUCUGUAUCCUCCUUCUCCCUCGACGCCGUCUACCGGCUGAUACCAAUCUUCGACCCGUUCUCGCAAGGCGGGCUACUCGUGCUCAAACUCAUGCUGCCGUUUGCCUGUCUGUCGGCCGUGUUUGGCCUGCUCAACCGGCGGCUCGGGGUGGCGCCGAGCGCGUUGUUUAUGCUGGUGAUGGCGGUGACGGACGUGUUGACGUUGGGCUUCUUCUACAUGGUGAGGGAUGAGGGGAGUUGGUUGGAGAUUGGGACGGGGAUUAGCCAUUUUGUGAUUGCGAGUUUGUUGGGGGUGUUUGUGGUGGGGCUGGAGGGGGUGAGUGAGUGGGUUGUUAGCGGGGUGAGGUUUAGGGAGAGUGAGGAUGGGAAGAAAGUGCAGUGA